CAUUCCGUGCAAGCUUCAAAUGCAGCUGACCUUACAACAAAGCUGCACACUGCACAGAGGAGUGCAAGUGGGGUGAGAGCAGAGGUGACAGCUCCUAGUCAGUUUGCAAUGUGUGACUAACUCUCCUGAAAAAAGUCAGCAUGACAGGAGCAGGGGGAGGGACGAUAGAGACAAGACAACAACUAUAACACAGGAGGAAAAAACGAUUCCAACGGCCAGACAUUGGGGGGAUUGCUGCCGGUACGCAAGUGCUUCUUCAAUGGCAUCCAACUCCAAGGGAGGUAUUUGUAAUCAAGUGAAGGUAUGAAAUUCACAUGGACUGACCCAUGCAGACAAGAAGCUGGAGGCUGUACUUUCGUCUUUUCCCCAAAUCUUCCAAGCAUCAGCGGUGCAGUUUUCACCUUUUCAGUACUGUCUGCGAGGACUGCCAUGCCCCUUUUCAGCUGGAUGAAAUGGUCCCAUAAAAUAAAAGUGCAAGCUCAAGAUGAAGUGGAUCCUUCUAGGUCCUCGGGGGACGUUCCCAGCCGCAUGUUGAUCAGAGAGCUCCUGUGGCACGUGGAAGAGCGUGAGCGGCUGGUGAUGGAACUGGAUCGAGAGCAUAGGCAGCCCCACAGCGUGGGCCUCCAUUGGUUUCAAAAUCACCCCAGGCAACGGAGCCUCGUCCCCACUUCAGAGCUACACCAGCUGGAGUUCCUGUGUGCCCAGAUUCCAUCCGUCCACGCAGCCACUGUGCUCUCAAGGUUUCAUGAUCUCCUUGCCACCAACAACAUAAGGCCCUGGGAGCUGUCUUCCGUCUUCAAGCAGUUGCUGAGGGACUUCCUCAGCAAAAAGGAGCAUGAAGAGGAGAACUGCUCAGUCCAGGCGGCAGAGCUCCAACCAAUGGACACUUGGACCAGUUGCUACUUAUUGAAGCAGGGCUUCAUCGCACCAACCGUCCCCAACUGUAGAGACAACCCAAGGGAGGAGAUCCCAACGAUCUCUGCAUAUGUGGAUCGGGCCACAAGGCACUCCGAUGUGUUUGCAGGGUCCAAUCGAGACUGGGACCUUCCAUAUUACUCUCCAGUUCCUCUCAGGCCCGCAGGGGCGUACAGCACUAAACUGUGAGAGGAAGCUCUGCUGCGGUUUGUUGGUGUUCAACACAAGGAAAAUCAGCUAUGGCUUUCAAAUCAUUCAGACAAAUUGCAAUCAUUUUAUUAUUAUACUAAAUAAAUCAUAAUUUGUGGUGAAAAAAACAUUUUCCCGCUAUGAACGGAUUUUAAAGCCCUAAAGGCAAAGUUGCGGUCUCCUAAAUUGUUCACCAUGUGGUACACAGACACUUUAAAAAACAUUUAAAUUAAAGUAUUUUUCUAAAUGUGGGGCAUAGAGAGCCCAGGAUAACGUGCUGGAACCCUUUUAAAGUAUUUUCACUUGAGUGACAAACUUUUUCCAGCCACUUGGCACCUGACUUUAAGCCUUUCUGCGAAGUGGCGUUAGCACACGUUUGUUAGCUAUCAUUGUGGAGCAUAUGAUAUUGGAAACCUCGCUUUUACUGCGUCCACAGGUCCAACUGUCCGUAACAUCAGCAAAGUUUAAAAUUUCAUCAGCCAUUACAAAACGAUUGUUAUGCACGUGGAAUGCUCCGAGAGACCGACGCAGUUAUUUUAACAUGAUUCAUUACCGAAUGUCAGCCCAACUCAUAACUUUAAACCUAGCAUUAUGUACAGUUAAUUAUUUUCAACAAGUGACUCCGACAGAGGAAGGGAGAACUAAUAAUAAUACGAGUGUAAAGACACAAGAGGGACCGAAGGAUGCUAACGUUAGCUAGCUAACAGACGGUCAGCCACCUUUAAGCUAGCGUCAGUUGGCCUCGCUUCUCACCUGCUUUCUUUCGACGACGCCUCCUCGCAUUUUCUUUCAACCACUUUUUCUGCGACUUUAACGUUAGCGAACGUCGUGCCCAAGGUGAACCAAUCGGAAAUUUGUUCCGCGGUGAAGACUUUCUUCAUGUUUUAAUUGUUUGAAAUCGUCUCAUUUCUUUCUCGGCAGAGCCGCUCGCUUAAAACGCUUUUGAUGGAAGCCGCGCGCUACCGAGGAGCACAUCGCCCCCUGGCCGCCAGACAGGGAAGCGCCGUAGUAAAAGGUACUUUACUGUGGUAAAUGUACUUUACAACUGCCACCUUGUACGUAGCAGUUUCACAGUCCCGUUAUUGCAACUGUUAGGGAAACAAUACCACCAAAUACUUUUCAAUAACAACAAUUUUAAUAACAGUAUCAAACGUUUUUAAGAGUUCAUUGUUCUUAAAAAAUGCAUUGGCUUAACAGUUCAGUAUGAUGGGAAAAAUACACAAAACUAUAUGGUGGAUACAGUACAUUAACAGCACUAGACAUAAUCACAAAAAAAUGCCCAGAUUUCACAUUAAGAUUGUGCAUUCUUGUAAUUUGCAUGCAAUCCGAGAAAAAAAAGUACAUCUAAAAAGGAAACCCAACAGGGAUUGGAGCUAGACUGAUGCAGAGUUCAUCCAAACAAGCCUCUCCAUACUUUUGGUGGCUUUUAUUCUGCUGCAAAAUCAGAUACAUGUAAAAGGGACAGUAUGCUUCCAGGUCAAUUUGUAGGUGUAAAAAAUAUGAUUACGAGCUAAAUCAUUUCUGCACAUUAGACAAUAAAAAAACAUAACCCACAAUGUAUUUUUACUUUAAACCAUUAAAAUACCUGACCACUUCAAUGCUGUUAAAAAAGCAUGAAUAAAAUAUUUUUUACUGGGAAAGAUUUAGCAAAUUACAGAGAUUCAAACACUUGAAGAAUCAAGGAUUUAUGACAUCUCCAGUGGUGGAUAUCCACCGCUGUCCCGCAAUAAUGUCAUCUCUGUCCUGAGUUUUUCAUUUUCCUUUAAAACAUGAAAAAUACAGAAAGUGAAUUGACGUAAUGAGUUGACAGUUUUCACAUGUCAAAGAAUACAAAUCCUUUGAUAUAAAGAAAUGUUCGUUACCUCUUGAA